AUGGCUUCACCGUUGCUCGGUUCUGUUGGUGAAUUUGAUCCUUGCUCUGAGUCUUUUACGGCUAAUCUUGAAAGAUUUGACCAGUUCUUUGUAGCCAACGAUAUUGGAAAAUGUGCUGAUGAUGCCACUGCGGCUGCUGUUAGGGCAGCUAAUCAGAAAAAGGUCGCCGUGAUGAUCUCCGUCAUUGGUAAGAAGACAUACAGCACUCUUCGCGAUUUGUGCAGCCCUGUGAACUACUGCAACAACACUUUAAGCCCAAAUGAUUGGAAGUUGCCGAAUCCUACAGAUUUCAUCGAUGUUGUCAAGAAGAAAAUGAGAGCGUGUCGGUUUACAGUGCUCGUUUAA